AUGGUUCGUGUACUUUCUGAGCCGCGUGUUUCCCCCGGGUUGCUGAUCACUCUCCGCAGGCUUUUAAAUUAUACCCCACCGGCUGUUGUCAUUCGUCUUCUUACAACAAACGGGCUGAUCGCUUACAUUACUUCUUGGGUUCUUUACCUUUCCGGUGCAUCGUCAGAUCCACGUCUUCUUCUACCGGCAUGGAUAUCGAUCACAACAACCCUUACUUUCCUCUACCACGCAACUCAAAAUCACGCCACAAUCAAGCGUGAGACAACAGCAUCGUUGUUGGUUGUAUCAGUCGCCAGCUUCGUCAGUAUGUCCUCGCUUCUUCUGCAGCUACACUUGACCCGCGAGAACGAGCCAGAGGUGCCCUUGUUCGUGAUCACGCGGAAGUUGUGGGACUGGGCCGUUGCGAUAUUUCUUCGUAUGCGUGUUGCGGAUGCAAGGGCUGGAGCUAGGGAGCUGUAA